UCACGCCGCAGUACAUUUAGAUCGGUCUUGAUAGGUAAGCUUCAAUAACCACCAUGGACAGAGAGUCAACGUCUAAUCACACUGGAAGUCGUACAAGUAAGACGAUUUUAGAUGAUAUUAGCGACUCCAGUGACUAUGUCGUCGUCUUCAAAGGAGACACUGGCAAAAGACUUGUACAGCUUAUGGAGGAAAACAACAGACAACAGCAGUCCAUCAUAAACCUGCUCAAAGCCCUGGUGGAGAGGGGAACGUCCGAUCAGUCUGAUCCCCCCAGCCCCUAUUCUGGGAAGAGAAAGAGGGGCAGCUCGGAGAGUCUUAGCGUCGACAAGGAGUGCAGAACGGCUUUGAGAGACACCUAUCGGACAAUAAUUAGGCACAGCUCUGUCGGCUGGAAUUUUGAGCAAAGCUUUACUGCUCCACCCAACCUGGCCGUCACUGAGGCCGUAGUUACAGAAAUAAGGAGGAAAUAUUCACAAGAUGGAACGCCCAAGUGGUCUGAACCCAUGAUAAAUGCGGCGUGUCGUGUUUACUACCGUUCACUGAGAGACGACUUUAAGAGAAGCAAUGAAGGAACAAAAGACAGACACAGGGAGCGGAUUAGGAGGAACGAAAGGCUGAAAAGGAAAUUAUCCAGAAGACAAACUGCCCUCAAGGACAUAGAUUGGAGCGAGGAAGAGAAAAAGAAAGUGGAAGAAAUACUUGUGAAAGACUUUAUGUCCAGCGAUGAAGAGGAGGACGGUGGCAGCUAUGUUAAAUCUCUGGAAUGGGAAUCGGAAACCUUAAGGCAUUACAAAAUGGAACUGGAUCAUUUUUACGUUGAAAAACAAAAUGCGAGAACGGUUAAUGCCAUGAUUUUACCGGAAAGAAACGGGGGCUAUUUUUCUUUGCGGAAAAAGCCAGAAAAUUGUCCCUCGUGGGCAAGUCUUUCUUUCACGUAAUCAGCAAGAGAAAGUUGAAGAGGAAACUGCGUCCAUUUUAGCUUCUCAUGGUUGUCAUAUAUUCUACGUCUAUAAAUUCUCACUUUCUGACACAUUUGUAAUUUUGUUUAACUAUCUUUUUAUGGUGAAUGUGCGACAUCUGCAGGUCGAGUUAUAACGUACUAUGAGCAAGAUCGUAAAAUUUAUUUGUACCAACUUCAAAAAAUGAAACAAAAGCCGUUUCCAAAAUUUUAUUGAAAAUGUUCAACCAGUACUUUCUUAUGUCUUUAUAAUUUUACAUAAAUAAAGUUAUUUAUAUCUAUUACUGGACUUACAAUUUAGUCUAAAUGACGACGUUGUGUCUACCUCUUGGAUAUUUCAGCCAUCUACUGAGAGAACAGGUGAAACUAUUCUCAGUUCUUGUUACAAGUACAACCUACAAAGACCAAGGAAUUAAUAUAAUUCCUAGCAUAGACUGCAAAAUAUCUUUGCAAUUUUACUUUUACAAUUAAAAUUUGUGUAAGUACACAACAGUCACAGAAAAAUCCUGCAGUACACGUGUUAAUUCACAACAA